UAUUAUUAAUUCAAUUUGUACUUAAUUACCGAAAAAACUUUAGUAAAUAUCUCAGAUAAGAGAUAUCCAAAAAUCAAUCGAAAGAUUUUAUUUUGAAAAGAGUGAUAUGAAAAAUUUAGUGUAGAGCAGUCCGGUUACCCGCAUAUGUAUGUAGAAGAUAUCUGAUUUAUUUAUAUGAAGCUUUUUUAUAUUUAUCGACAUCAUUAUCGAUAUUGAAAAUUAUCGAUUUAUCUCUCGUUAUCAAAAAAUUAUCGAUUUUUCUAUCGAUUUUCUAUUGAUACCGAAAAUGAUCGAUUUUUCCACAGAUAUCGAAAAUUGUCUAUUUUCUAUCGAUACAAAAACUAUCGAUUUUUCUAUCGAUAUCGAAAAUUAUCGAUUUAUCUAUUAACAUCGAAAACCAUCGAUAUGCUUAUCUCGAAAGCUUUCUACAUAUUUAUCGAUAUCGAAAAUUAGCAAGAUGUUUAUCACUCGCUCGUUUUUCUCGAAUUCUUUUUUUAUUACACAUACCUCGAAUUUUUUCUCAUCAUUCUUUUUUAAAAGUCAGUUACAUUUUCUUUGGGAAGAGGGUAAGUAUUUCAAAUGAACUACGUAAGUAUGUAAUCUAGACUUUGUUCUGUCCACACUUUCGUAUAAAACUGAGCGCUUGGCCUUGUUGCACUUUUAGUACAUUUUCAGCGUUCGAGCAGUUAUUAAGAAAUUAAAUUUCGAAAUAAAAAUUAGACACCGUUAGCAAAAACCAAAACACACAUUGCUAAACUAAUUAUGCCCACAAAAUCAGUGCAAAAGUGGAUGUCCGAUGAAAUGGAGCGGUUGUCAGUUAAAUUUGCGCGCUAUAAGCCCAGCUGCAAUGGCUAUAAUCGCAUACAGCCAGUGCUGUUGUCGCGUAGUGUCACCCAAAUGUUGAACAAUCCAUUGCCAGUUGAAGAUCAAAUAGGCACCACUAUGAUGACGAGCCAACAGCUACAACAACAGCGGACAGAUAAACAGAAACAGCAGCCGCACCAGCAGCCGCAAGGAUAUGUGCGUCCUAAAGGUGUCCUAAGUCGCCCCGAAGCCGAAUGGGAGGAAGUUUAUCCCACUGUGCAAUUCGGUAGAAGCGAGUGUCGUGAGCCAGAGGAGAAGGCGGUGGAGCGAAAAUUUACAUACUAUCGAAAUUGUUCAACGAGAAUAAGUUAGAUGGAAGCAAAAUUGGUGUAGUUUAAUCUACAUUUAGGUAGAUACAUAUAUCUUGAGAGCAAUGCGUUUUUAGCACUGCCACACAUUGAUGAGUCCUAGCAAUGCGUAAGAAGUGCAUAUUUAUGUACGAGUAGUAUUAGUUUUUGCAACUGUAGAAUUUUUGCAAAUAGAAUAGUUUUAUGUUUAGAUGUUAAAAAUUGUUGAGUUUGAUUUUGUGUUUGUGUUUUGAAUAAAAGAAAAAAAAUAUUAAAUAUCGCAGUAAAAGUGCUUCUCUAUUUUUAUGGAAAAAUAACUUGUGUUUUGUUGAAACUCAAUUUCUUCAGCACACUGUCGUGUUUUCAUAAGCACUAAAAUCAGUUUUUUUGCAAUUACAAAUAUUUUAAAACAAAGAACUUGAAUGUGAAGUGUCCACU